AAACCAAGCCCCCUUCUGUCCCCCUCCGUAGUCCCAUCCCGCUCCCGCCGGUAGCUGAAGUCUGAUGAAGGUGAAAGGUAGUAUGCUCGGUGUUGCAAUUACGCAGAGGUUACAACAGCCCGGGACUGUGGAGUGAGCAAAAUUGUUGGUGAAAGCAAUGCUGUGCGCCCAUAAGAAGUGGGCUCGUCUGUUGAAGCAGUACCCGCUGACACGAACAGGAGGAUGUUACUGUUACUCCUCCUCCGGUAGCAACAAUGGCAGCAAAACGGGAAGCGCCACUGGCCAUUCCGAAGAUGGUGGUGGCAAGAACAGUUCGAGCUUGAGCAGCUACAAUGAGACAUAUAAGAAGCUCGACAGUCUCGAUUUCACGACUGCUGCUAAGAUUCUAUUCUCCGAGCCCCCAAAGAAGAAGAGAUUCGGGUUCGACUUUCAUCUUGUGCAGUUCUUCUUUGCCUGCAUGCCUUCACUGGCUGUUUACCUGGUGGCUCAGUAUGCUCGCUAUGAGAUGAGAAAAAUGGAAGCUGAACAGGAGGAGAAGAAGAAGCAACAAGAAGAAGAGGAGAAGGCGAAAGCUGUGGAACUGGAAGCUGCUGAGCAAGAGAAAGAAGCCGGGGCCAAAAGAGAGAUUCAGGAAGUUAAAGAGAGAUUGGAUAAACUGGAACAAACCGUAAGAGAUGUAGUCGUUGAGGCAAAGAACAAAUCUCCUACCAGCUCUCUUAAAAAGGAGGACGCUGCUGUCGGUAAACAAAGCCAAGAAUCACCUGGCUCCGGUGCCUCCAACAAAGGAUCAGAACCCUGAAUUUCUUCAGAGAGAACACAUAUAACCAAGGAGGGGAUAAGUAGUUCAGAGCAAGUUCCUGCUUCUUCCAAAAAGGAUCUGUGAGCCCAAGAUCUAAAAGGGAAGACCUCACAGGAUUAGGAGAGAUGAAUCAAGUUUUCUCUUUGACAAUGAGGUGUUUCUCAUCAGGAAUUCAACUGAUAUGGUACACAAUGUUUCACUCACUCCUUGGAGUUAAGAGCUGUCCCAUAUGCAAUUUAAAUCUUGCUACAGGAUUGUGUAAACGAGUCUUGGCUCCAUGUUCAAUGGGCAACCAAGUUGAUUCUUCCUGUGCUAAAGAAAAAGGUGGAUUUGCUUAUUCAUAUUGAACUAGCGGAAUUCGUUUCAUUGGUCAAAGUGUCUGAAAUGGCCAUUUUCAGUUCUCGUUUAUUGUCAUGUUCCAUAUUAGGGGUUUGCAUGGGUAAUUGGAAGCGGUAAGCACCUACCCUAAUAUGGGUAGAUUAUUGGUGUUAAAAUUAAGCAUCAGUGUCCUUCCUCUCUGGGAGAGAGGAAGGACACUGAAGAUGAUAUAUUGACCAACUUUGACAAGGAUCUUGGGGUUCCAUUAAGUUCUGCUAUAGAUUACAUAGUUCAUGUUGGGUAUGUGCUUCAUUUGGUUACUGUUUUCCCAGUAAUUCACUUGGCAGACUGGAUGCCUUACUCUUCGAGGGCUCGAGCCCGCUGGUUGAGAGCAGGAAGAGAUCCUUGGCACUAACAGGAGUGCUUUCGCUUCUUACAUACAUAGGAUCAACCAUGGGGCCAAACAUUUGGACCGCCUUCAAAUUCACGGGAGCUACUGCAGCUCUAUCAUUGGGCUAUAUUUUCCCAUCUCUUGUUGCCUUAAGAUGGAGUCCCCAAGGUGCAGGUUUGAGCGCCGGAGAGAGAAUCCUGUCUUGGGUAAUGCUAGUACUCGCGAUCAUAGUUAGUGUAGUUCGAAUCAUUGGGAAUGUAUAUGGCACCAGAAGCAAAUCGGAAUGAUCUCAUUACUUGGAGAGUUUUAGAUCAGUUGCUUAUAUAUAAUGUUGUCUAUGCGGCUCGUCAUCUCUGGAUGUUUUGCACUUGGGCUUAUACGGCUGGUCAUCUGUUGGAAGUUCUGCAUUCUUGGGCUUCUUGAUGCACUCGAGAGCUAAUGACAGCAUGAAUUCUGGAUAAUUGUGAAAGAGCUACAAGUGAGCAGAGCUGUGUUCAUGAAGACCGCGGCCCCCUCGACUUCGAAGAUGAAGGCCUGACAGAGCACACCUGUGCGCGCUCAUGCCAUUUGCUUUAGAGGUCGGAAGAGUUGAACUGUAAUUAUACACCCAGCAACAACAGUUCUUUUUCUUUCUUUGAAUCUCUGUUAAAUGAUUCCUUAACCUAUUCUUUUCCUACAUUAUCAUCUUAUUCGGAGCAGAAAUGAAUAACAGAGAACUCGCUGUUGGUACUUUGGAUCUGUC